GAUCCGCGGGUUGAACAACAAGCCAUUGCACGCGGCACUCCUAUAAAUAGCGCGCGGAUGCCAGCUCCGCGCUGUCCCUCCCAGCUGCGCGCGGAGACACAAAGUUGUGCGCAGGGACGCGGGAACCCUGGGCAGCCCCGCCGCUCGGCACCCUACAACUGAUCGGUGCCUUGGCGCUUUUGGCGCGGAGGACGAGGCGGAGGCGCUGCCUACCUGCGUCGGAGGGACACUCGGCCUUGGGGCGUUUUUGACCAAGCGCGAGUGGGAGUCUCUAGCAUCCUGGCGGUUAACACAGCCCGGCGUUCUUCUCAUCCCCGGAAACACCUUCCGCCUUUGUCAUUCGUUCCUGCGCCAGCUAGAGUCGCUCGGACGGGAUCGACAACGCACCACUGGGCACCUCGACCCUUGCGCUCCUGAGUACCCUCUGUCUCCAGUUCCGUGAUCACCCGGGGGUACUUGGGUUUGGGGUGAGAUUUUAUUUUGUUCCUUUGAGGUGUGAUUGCGAGAGACUGGCGACUUUUACAUGUCUAGGGACAAAAGUGGGUGCGGGGGCCCCAGGCACGGCUGACCGUGGGGCGGCGGAGGGUCGAGUUGGGAGUUCUGAAUGAGCUCCUUAAAGGACAAAGGUAUCCGAGCCAGCGACACAUCGCCAAGGGUGACUUCGACUUCGGCCCACAGAAUUGGUGGAAGUGUGCGCGCCGCCGCCGACGUUCCAGCCGCGCUGUCGUUCUAACCACUGGCAUCCUCGCGAGCUCCGGGAUCCCGGGUAGCAGGCGACGCCGGCCAGCAGAAGCCCCAGCCGGCUGCGGCUUGCCCACGCGGCUCACCAUGGGCUCCGCGCUCCGGGCGCUGUCCGUGGUACCGGCCGUUCUGCUAGUCCUGAUGCUGCCCGGGCUGCCUGUCUGGGCGCAGAAUGAUACCGAACCCAUCGUUCUGGAGGGCAAGUGUCUGGUGGUGUGCGACUCGAACCCCGCCACAGAUUCCAAGGGAUCCUCUUCUUCCCCUCUGGGGAUAUCGGUCCGGGCGGCAAACUCUAAGGUGGCCUUUUCAGCGGUGCGGAGCACUAACCACGAGCCGUCUGAAAUGAGCAACAAAACCCGCAUCAUUUACUUCGAUCAGAUCCUAGUUAACGUGGGCAAUUUUUUCACAUUGGAAUCUGUCUUCGUGGCACCAAGGAAAGGAAUUUACAGUUUCAGUUUUCAUGUAAUUAAAGUCUAUCAGAGUCAAACAAUCCAGGUUAAUCUGAUGUUAAAUGGAAAACCAGUGAUAUCUGCUUUUGCUGGGGAUAAAGACGUGACCCGUGAGGCCGCUACUAAUGGAGUCCUGCUCUACCUGGACAAAGAAGACAAGGUUUACCUGAAACUAGAGAAAGGUAACUUGCUUGGUGGCUGGCAAUAUUCCACAUUCUCUGGCUUUCUGGUGUUCCCCCUAUAGAAUUUGGUUUCUCUACGGUGUCCGUACAGUGAGGGGCAGCCCACCCUUGAGUUACUGGAAGAUCUUCUUUCGUCCUGGAUUCAUGUCUCUCAUUGUUUAUUUUUCAUGGGUGGAUACGGAUUCUCUUUAAGGAUUCUAGACCUGUCUGGACCAACGCAAAGUUUCACAGAUUAUUUUCAUGUGUGUGUGUGCACAUUUCCAAAUACGUGGAUCGGAACUUGAAGCAGAAAAAUACUUAUCUAUGCUUACAUGUUAACAGUCAAAAGCUGUCUCAAGAUUGUUCUGAAUUUAGUUUCCUGCAAUUACUGCAUUUGUUGCAGAUGUGGGAUUUUUUUUUAAUUUCUUUUGUUGUUAAAAGACUGACAAGCGGGUCUGAGAAUGAGAGAACUUGAAAGUUCUGACUUCAACCAGUGGUUAGUGUGAAGCCACCAAAGAACGUAUUCUGUGUUAAACACUUAUACUUGCUCUUUUAUUACUUUGAAAUGUUUCUUCUGCUCUCUUGAGGUGAUCGGGAAUUGUUUUGCAGUGCUUGCCAUUGUGUUUUCUCUACCAAUAAGGUAAUGAAUGGCUUGCCUCAAAAUUUACCUUAAACUCUGAGCUCAACUCCCAACAUGACUCCCUCCCCACCCUAAAAUGAAUGCUUCAUAGUUGUAUUUUAAUUAUAUAUGUGAAAGAGUCAUAUUUUCCAAAUUAUAUUUUCUAAUAGGAAAAAAAAUAGAUCAUAAAUCUGAUGAGGAAAAUGUUGCUUACCUGAAUUCUAAAUGUUCAGUCCCCAAACCCUGGCAAAAUAGCUCUCCUUGGUGGAAAGUCUUACUUUGUUGCUCAACUUUAAUUAACAUGAUUGAUAAUAACCACUUUAUUAAAAACAUAAGGGAUUCUUUUUCCCUUAGACAUGGCCACUUUAUUAACUGGAGAUGGGAUGCCCUUGUUUUUAAUUACACCUAUUUUUCAAAUCUCCUGUUGUGUUUGAAGUAUCAUCUGGUUUUGCCUUAACUCCCUAAAUUGUAUAUAUUUAUCUGUUUAGCUAAAUAUUAAAUCCAGAUA